AUGUCACUUACUAAAGCUCGUAGCUUUUUGUACGAUUUUCUAGGCCAAAGUGGCAUCCACGGAUUUGCGUAUAUCGGAAAUUCAUUUUUGCAUAUUAUUGAACGAAUAUUGUGGCUGGGAUUAAUUGUUGCUGCAUUAUAUUUUUGUGCUGAAUUAUCGCUUGAAUCAUGGUUGCGAUACUUACAUCACAGUACAGUCGUAUCCAUUGAACGUGACCAUUACUAUUGGAAUACGUCGUUGCCAGCAUUAACUAUAUGUCCAAUGACGAGACUCAGCGUGGAGAAAUUUGAUGCUUACACAAUGAAAAAAGGCAUCACAGGCGAUGAAAAGCAAGAUUUCUUCAACUUUAUGGAGUCACUCGCCAACUCAACCUACAUAAAUUUUGAUCAAAUCAAAAAUUCCUCGAAAUCCGACGCAGUUUUAAAGCGACUCAAAAUAAAUCCUCCAGACUACUUAAGGCUAAUUUAUGACCUAACCGAAGACCUUACGAGAAAGGAUGGGAAUGUAGAGCAUAAAGUCAGGAAUGUCAAUAAUAGAGAAUUCAUAAAGACAACUCAAGUACUGACUGAAUAUGGCAUUUGUUAUGCCUCAAAUAAUUAUCUCGCAAUAAACCUAUCAACCUCAAUGCUACUCCAAAAUAAAGCACCGCUCGUUGACUCAUUCUACAGAAAAGUGAAACUUCAUGAAGUAAGAUAUGGAAAUUUAUUUGAUGGUGAAGUCACGUACAGUUUCAUUGGCUUUAAGGAUGCAAUAACAAUUUUCAUGCACAGUCCAUACGAGACAAUGAAUGUUGCAAGACCAAUUGGAUAUACUAAAGAUGCUUAUGAGUUUGAGACAUUGUCAAUUGAGAUAAUUACGUCAAAGGAGAUUCAGGAUACAUUUGUAUCUCAACGUGGUUGUCGAUUUGAUUGGGAAUCUGAUUUAAAGCACUUUAGUGUUUAUUCUAAGAAUCUUUGCAUGUCUGAAUGUCGAUUGGAGCUUGCGUUUAAGCGAUGUGGUUGCAUUCCACACUUUUAUCCAAACGAAGUCGGUAAGACAAUUUGCCACUACCAAAAGCUAAUGACAUGCUUCCCACGAUACCAAGAAUUAUUCCUGGAAUUCCAAGAAGAAGGAGUUAAAGCAGCAGACUGUGAUUGCCUUCAAAACUGCAUCGAUGCAAACAUCAUUGUCGAAAAAUUUCAAGUUUUAAAAGGCACAAAAUCAUUACUCGGAAGCAUUGGCGGUUUGGUGAUUAUGAAGAAGUAUCCACAGAUAAGAUUUCAACGUGAGGUCAUUUUUACACUGACAGACUUUUUCGUAUCGAUUGGUGGCACAGCGGGAUUCUUUAUUGGAUUAAGUGUGCUCGGUGUCAUCGAGAUAAUUUACUUUUUCUCACUUCGUCUGUUUUGGUUUAUUUUUGGCAAUAGAAAUUAACUUGACAUUACAGAAUAUUUAUUUAUGGCACACUCGCAUACUCUGCCUGAAUGACCUAAUGUCAUCAUCGUCAAUUCUCGUCUUACCAGAACACAAUUUUCAACUGAACACAUAAAAAAAUGAAUUUCACUUCAAAUGCACGCAAAUUAGGACAGCAGACAUAAGUGAACACAAAAGUCCAUUUCACGC